AUGUUUAGAUGCUUAGAGCUAGGACACGUGAGAGUGACCUGCGGAUCUACGGUAGAUCGGGGGCAGCUAUGCUACAGGUGCGGAGGCAUCGGUCAUCAGGCCAAGAGCUGCUCUGUCUCCGUGCCCAGAUGCCCGCUCUGUGAGUCGCUUGGUGCGGCCACCACCCACAGAAUGGGAGGGGCGGCAUGCGUUCCACCGAAAACUAAAGGGACUGAGCCAGAGCAUAGGGCGACAACGCGAGAGAUCUACCGCAAGAAGAAGAAAGGAUCACGAAUGGGGCGGAUCGGGGGAGGCCAUGGAUAUGGACAUAGUAAAGUAAAUUCAUACGGCUCCUCCAGACCAACUUGGGACGAUCGAAACAGGCACAAGACCUGCUCUUCCAGACGAUAA